GGCCGGCUUCAAUGCGGAAGUAGAGAUUAUGUGAGCAGGUCGUUUGUUUGUGUUGUUUGCAAUGGGAAAAACAAACACUUGUGUAUAUUUAAUCAUUUCGUUGUGUGUCCUUGUGUGUUCGGCUGAUGAGACCUACAUUAUAGAUGACGGUCGUGGAUUUGGACGGACUUUUGAUGGCAUUGGAGGAUUGAGUGGUGGGGGGGCAACAUCUCGCCUACUCGUUAACUACGAUGAACCGUACAGGAGUCAAAUUCUGGAUUACCUGUUCAAGCCCAAUUUUGGAGCUUCUUUACAAAUCCUAAAAGUUGAAAUCGGAGGUGAUGCACAGUCAACAGAUGGUACGGAGCCGUCCCACAUGCACUACCCGAAUGAUGAGAAUUAUUUCCGGGGAUACGAAUGGUGGCUGAUGAGAGAGGCCAAGAAGAGGAAUCCGAACAUCACACUUAUCGGUUUGCCGUGGGCGUUUCCUGGAUGGGUGGGUCACAGGGAAAACUGGCCCUAUGACUUUCCUGAUGUUACAGCGUAUUAUGUGGUGUCCUGGAUUAUUGGAGCGAAGCAGUACCAUGGCCUGGAUAUUGAUUACGUUGGGAUAUGGAACGAAAGGUCUUUUAACUCCAAAUAUAUAAAGAUCCUGCGCUACACUCUGGAUAAGAGCGGCCUGACGAGAGUCAAAAUCAUCGCCAGUGACAACAUGUGGGAGCCAAUAACUAUUUUUACUCUCCUGGAUUAUGAACUCAGGAGCAGCGUGGAUGUGAUUGGGGCUCAUUAUCCUGGAACACACACGGUACCUGAAGCCUUCUUCCUGAAGAAGCAGCUGUGGUCUUCGGAAGACUACAGCACCUUCAACGACGAUGUGGGAGGAGGCUGCUGGGCGCGGAUCCUCAACCAGAACUACGUCAACGGCAGGAUGACCGCAACUAUUUCCUGGAACCUGGUGGCCAGUUACUAUCAGGAUCUUCCGUUCGGGAGAGACGGGCUGAUGACUGCCCAAGAGCCGUGGAGUGGAAAUUAUGUUGUUGAAUCCCCCAUUUGGAUAACGGCCCACACCACACAGUUCACUCAGCCUGGAUGGAAAUAUCUGCAGACUGUAGGUCACCUGAUAAAUGGUGGGACUUAUGUCGCUCUGACCGACCAGAACGGAAACCUGACUAUAGUUAUAGAGACCAUGACUCACAAUCACUCCGUGUGUAUACGACCUCCUCUGCCUCACUACAGCGUCACAUCACAGAGCGCGAUAUUCUCUUUAAAGGGAUCGUUUGCCUCUGUUAGCGAACUGCAAGUGUGGCAUUCGAAGUUCGACUUCAAGACGAAAAAGCCGGUCUUUUUUCAAAAACUCGGUCCUGUAAAGGUAUCUAAUGGGACCUUCAGCUUGGACCUGGAUGUUGAUGAAGUUUACACACUAACCACCAUUACUACAGGAUAUAAAGGGAGUUAUCCGGAGCCUCCUCCCUCCGCUCCCUUUCCUAAAAAAUAUACAGACGACUUCAAUGUCAGAAACCCGGACUUCUCAGAGGCGCCGAACUUCGCCGAUCAAACCGGAGUGUUUGAAUACUUCAUGAACCUGUCGGAUGCCGGCGCUCACGUUUACACGCUUCGGCAGGUGAUCACUCAGCGGCCGGUCACGUGGGCGGCAGACGCGGACCAAACCAUCAGCGUGAUCGGAGAUUACAACUGGCAGAACAUGAGCGUCUCCUGUGACGUGUACAUGGAGAAGGAGUACAUUGGAGGUGUGUUUGUGGCAGCCAGAGUGGAUAAAGGAGGAGGAUCGAUCAGAAGCGCACGUGGAAUCUUCUUCUGGGUGUUCGCUGAUGGAACAUAUAAAGUCACCAAUGACCUCAGUGGAGAAAUUAUCCUGGCUGAGGGACUGUCCAGAACCAGAGCACAUGUUUGGUACACUCUGACUCUGACUGUCCAGGGAUUUUACGCCUCUGGAGAACUCAACGGCUACGUGUUGUGGAAGGAGGCGAUCGUUUUGACACCGAAAAACGGAUGGGCUGCUGUCGGGACGAGUGCAUUCGAACUGGCUCAGUUUGAUAACUUUGCUUUACAGGCGGAGUAACAGCACAUCCUAGUCUUCAUUUACAGUAUGGAGAAAUAACGGGGGAUUUUUGGCCUCUCAAUACUAAGAAUACGGACACGCUGAUAUCGUACAAGGUUGCCUUUAUAAAAAUCAGGGUUUUUUUUUUUCUUUUUGUUGUUGUUUUUUAUGAUGUGAUUUAACUUACUAAUAAAAUACUGUGCAUGUGUGAAGGUGUGAAAGAUGAGAGACAUUUGAUUGCAAAUUGCACUGAAAAGAUGACAUUUUAUAAAUGAAAAUGCCUUAAUAAAUAUUAAAAUGAAUUAAAUGUGAA